UCCCCUCCUUCCUCUCCUUAUCCACAAUUUCCAUACCAAUCCACAACUCUCCACUCGGCCUUCCCCUCGCUACCACUCCGCCUGCUGCCGCGCCAUGGCGCUCCACGCCGUCUCCCCUGCGGCGGCGGCCUCCCCGCCCUGCGCCCUCUCCUCUGCCCGUCUGCCCCAGCGCCCAGGUUGUGGUUGUCUCUCAAACCGUUCAUCCCUGUUAAGUUCGUCCACAAACUUCAUGAAAUUUCAGUCUGGAGCAGUGGGUUUCUUUGGUGUGCCUUUGGUUCUUCAACACUCGGACAAGAGAGCAGUUUUGAGGCAUGCCACUAAUGAAGAAAUUGAGGAAGAAAAGAUGAUCGUUGAAGAACAAGCUAAAGAAAAGAUGGAGAAGGCCAUUGAAACAGUUCAAUCGAACUUCAAUACCGUCAGGACUGGGCGGGCAAACCCGUCUAUGCUCGACAGGAUUGAGGUUGAGUACUAUGGAACUCCUGUAAACUUGAAGACUAUUGCACAGAUAAAUACCCCAGAUGCGACUUCUCUUCUUAUCCAACCAUAUGACAAGUCUUGCCUCAAGCUCAUUGAGAAAGCUAUAGUUGCUGCAAAUAUUGGGGUAACACCAAGCAAUGAUGGAGAAGUGAUACGAGUCACUGUCCCACCAUUGACAUCUGACCGCAGAAAGGAAAUGACAAAAAACGUAGCCAAGUUAUCUGAAGAAGGCAAGGUUGCUAUCAGAAACAUAAGACGAGAUGCAAUCAAAGCCUAUGAUAAGCUAGAGAAGGAAAAGAAACUUUCUGAAGAUAAUGUGAAGGAUUUAUCAGCCGAUCUACAAAAAAUCACAGACGAGUACAUGAAAAAGGUUGAAGCCAUCCAAAAGCAGAAGGAACAGGAGCUGAGCAAGGUUUAGAUCCCGACCCGACUGAACAAAAACUGGCUACAUGUUUUCUGAAGCCCUCCUCUGGUCAUCGGAUGGCUGCCAGUGCGAUGGGGUGCACUCGUUGGGUUGUUGGAGUCUCGCUAAGACUGAUGGAUGCAAAGUUGAGACAGUGUUGCUGCUCUAUGGUUUCCCUUUUGUAAUUAGGCCUUCGCCGUCUUCCCGUCCGACUGCCAUUGUCAAUAUUUCCACGAAUUAAAUUCUGUGAUGUGCACUCUAAAAGUUCUUUUCAUGUUUCCUUUGCUAAUUGUAUACCCUGGGCCAGGCUCCACUGCAAUCGGGUGCUACAAAUUGGGCAAGUUCUUUUC